CAUAAUUGCGGCUUUUGUUGACCCCCGAGUGAGUUUGUUCGGACGGUUGAGUCAUCACAGUCGGUAUCAUGGAAGGGAAACUCUCCAAAACCUGGAUUUUCUCCCAUUUUCCUCCAACAUAAAGCAGAUCUGAGCUCCUGGACGUCGCCCCAACACCCGACGGCGUGGAUGCGUAGGUAGUUUGCUGGGAUUUUCGUCGGGGGAAGCUAAAAGAUUGUAGGAAAAGUUGGCAGCAGUGCGUCCGACUCUACCGCAAGUAUGGCGAGUCCGCGGCGUGGGGAGGGCGUGCGGUGGACUUUCUCAACCGCGGUCUGUGUACUCCUGGCCGUCUCAGCGCUAGGUGAUGUCAGACAAUUUAGUGAAUUCUACUUCACGAACGAGCCGCAGGACAUGACAGUAGAGCGCGACGUGCCCGCCAUGUUUAACUGCUCGGCCGUCGGCAGUCCCAAACCCACCGUGGAGUGGAAAAAGGACGGGACUUUCCUGAACUUGUUCGGCGAGACCAGGAGAUCAAUUCUGAACAAUGGAUCGCUGCGUUUUAGCAGCAUCAUUCAUAAUAAGAACGAAAAACCAGACGAGGGUCUGUAUCAGUGUGUGGCCUCCGUGGAUAGCUUAGGAACCAUUGUUAGUAGGAUGGCCAGACUUCAGGUGGCAACCCUGAGUAGAUUUGAGAGAGAGCCCCAGGCUACCUCAGUUCACAUGGAAGAGAACCUGAGACUGGAGUGUAGAAUACAGGGCUCGCCCAAGCCUGAUAUCAGAUGGCUGAAAGAUGGGAAAGACAUUGAACACGACCUCUUCGAGCCAUACAUUCAAGCAGAGAGGGGAAUCACGAUACUUCCGAGCGGUGCGCUGGAAAUCGCGUACGUCCAGUACACAGACGCAGGGAGGUACAAAUGUGUGGCAGCUAACCCAGCCAGGGAGAGGGAGAGCGCUGAAGCUGCAGUCUCUGUUCUUCCCGCUCUGGAACAGGUGAAGGAGCCAGAGUUAAUCGUACUGCCAGAGGACAUGACUGUGUUAGAGGGACAGACGGUUGUUCUAGAGUGUGUCGUGAACGCCAUGCCCGAGGCUGACGUCAUUUGGAGCUUUGGUGGACAAGACAUCGACACAGGCACCGAUUCUGUUGACAGAUCCGGCAGCAGACAUUCCAUCAUCGGGGUCAGUAACCUGAGAAUAGAGAACGCGCGCGAGUCCGAUAGCGGGAUGUACCGCUGUACCGGAGAGAACGACCACGGCUCCGUCACCGCCUCUGCACAGCUCAUCGUAAACGUGCCUCCAAAGUUUAUGACUACCCCAAGCAAUACGUACGCCCAUGAGCGCAGUGAUAUUGAGUUUGAGUGCGAUGUCUACGCCAAACCUGCGCCCCACAUCUCAUGGAUAAAGAAUGGUGAUGCUGUCAUUCCCAGCGACUACUUCCAGAUUCAGAAUGGACAGAACCUGCGUAUCCUGGGUCUGGUGAGGUCAGAUGAGGGCAUGUACCAGUGUGUGGCGACAAAUGAGUACGGAAGCAUCCAGUCAUCGGCACAACUUAUUAUUGUCGACCCAGACGUGCCUCUUCCCACAAUGCACUCAUUAACGACCCCUACGCCGACCGCAGCAGCGGAAACGCCCACGCCGCAUCCCGUCCCGUCGAGGCCCAGGGAUGUCGUGGCCGUCACAGUGUCCACCAGAUUUGUGGCGCUGUCGUGGCGGAUGCCUGCAGAGUCCCAUGGAGAAAUCGUGGCAUGUUCUGUCUACUUCAAGCAGGAAGGGUCUAAUAGGGAAAGAGUAGUGAACACCACGCGCUACAAUCUGGAGGAAGUAGACGUCCGCGACCUUCAACCCUCCACGAGCUACGUGUUCAGGGUCGUGGCGUACAACGCUAACGGUCCCGGCGAGAGUUCGGACCCGAUCUACGUGCAGACGCAGCCAGAAGUCCACGUCCCCGGCCCGGCUACCUCACUCCAGGCCGUGUCUGUGUCGCCUGUGGCCAUUUCUGUGUCAUGGCAGCCCCCUAAUCAGAGAAACGGGGUUAUUCUGAACUACAAGCUGUAUUAUGUAGAAAUGGCGGCAGGGCCUCUCAAUGAGGGUUCAGUGGAUGUCAGUGGCCUGUCCCACACCCUGAGCGGCCUGAAGAAAUACACAGAGUACAGCUUCCGAGUGGUGGCAUACAACCAGCACGGUCCGGGGAUGUCCACUGAAGAGGUCAUCGUUAGGACACUGUCAGACAUUCCAAGUCAGCCUCCAACAAAUGCCACUUUGGAACCACAAAGUUCAACUUCCAUUCUUGUAAAAUGGAACCCGCCUCCCCGAGACAGUCACAACGGGAUCAUCAACAGCUACAAGAUCCGUUACAAGAAGUCUGGAGCGCGGCGGGGAAGGGUUGUGGAGACUGGCGGCAACAUGAGACAAUACCUCCUCACCGGUCUUGAGAAGGGAUCUGAGUACAGCAUCCGGAUAUCCGCACAGACGGUUAAUGGCAGCGGACCCCCCACGGAGUGGCACGUGGCAGAUACACCCGAAAACGACUUGGACGAGUCCAGAGUGCCGAACCAGCCCAGCUCUCUCCACGUGCGACCUUUGACCCACAGCAUCGUGGUGUCAUGGACGCCUCCGCUGGACACGAACAUCAUGAUCCGCGGUUACAUCAUCGGCUACGGGAAGGGCUUCCCUGACGAGUACCGUGUCGUGGUGGACGGCAAGACUCGAUACUUCACCAUCGAAAACCUCGAGGCGGCAUCUUUAUACGUUAUCAAGGUGCGGGCGUACAACCAACUUGGGGAGGGCAUCCCCAUAUACGAGAACACCUACACUCGACCAAAAACUACCCCUGAGCCAACCACUCCCAUGAUGCCACCUGUUGGCGUGAAGGCGGAGGUCAAGUCGCCGCAGGCUGCCAAGGUGACCUGGGCUGACACGACUCUGACACGGAACCGGAUCACCGACAACCGAUACUACACUGUUAGGUGGAUGUCACUGUUCCCUGCCAGCAAGUAUUUCUAUGCAAAUGCCACCAGUCUGGAGUAUAUUGUGACGGACUUGAAGCCUUACACGCGCUACGAGUUUGCUGUCAAGGUCACGAAAGGGCGCCAGGAAAGCGACUACAGCAUGACUGUCAACAACAGGACUUUUGAAGACAAGCCUAAGUCCCCUCCUAGAGACCUGACAGUUGUGGGAAUUGAGGGGAACCCGGGAGGAGUGAAUCUCAACUGGCAGCCUCCUGCCAAGUCCAAUGGCCCAAUCACAGGCUACAUCAUUUUCUACACGACCGAUCCCUUGCUGAACGACGCGGACUGGGUGUUUGACCCUAUAAUGGAGGGCGACAAAUUGACGUACACUGUAAAGCAACUCACGCCAAACACCAAAUACUACUUCAAGAUACAGGCCAGGAAUUCUAUGGGCAUUUCGCCCAUCUCACCCAUCAUGGAAUACCAGACGCCGCCAGGAGGGAAGUCCUAUAAUCCUGUGGAGGGUGAAGUUGGCGAAGUCCCCAAUUCUGGAGGAGCUGGAAGAUCAACCAACAGCCCCUCCAACCAAUCGUCUGGCGGCUUCACACUGACUGACACCAUGCUGUGGAUCAUCAUCGCUUGUGUCGUCACGGUUACGGUGACCAUCAUCUUCAUCAUCGUGACCUUCAUCCUGUGCAGGCGACGCAACGGAGACAACAACAAGAACAAGAACAAGAAACGUGGACAGUACAAGGGCCGUGACAACGGGAAGAGGAAAGGGCCCCAUAAGGACGUGAAGCCACCUGACCUGUGGAUCCACCACGAGCAGAUGGAGCUGAAGUCUAUGGACAAGUCGAGUCCCCAGCCAGGCGAGAUGACCAACACACCGAUCCCACGCAACUCUGCCGAGAUGAAACCUGUGGACCCGCAGCCAAUGGACGGGCCUCAGAUGGACAGGAGGAGAAACUCGUUUGUUGGUACAGAUGAUGAUGACCUGGAUUACUCGUCCAUCCCACCAGUCCGACGGCCGCCCUUCAAGCCCAAACCCAUCAUGAUCCCUGUGGACCACCAGCCACCCCCGCCCAGAGAUCCUGCCAAAGUUCAGUCACCUGUGGGAACCUGGCCCCGCCCUAAAGACUUCUCCUUUGAACCACCCCCUCCGCCCUCCCCCGCGCCAUUGAGUGACAAGAGCCAUUUCUACCACACACUCGAACCUAUCUCUGCUUCUCAACCAUCCAUCGCUACCUCAGUGACGUUGAACCAUCCCGACCCGCGCCCGGUCUCCCCGUCCAGACCGCUGUACCCGCGUACGCAGUACUCCGCUAACAUCCCGCGCUCCGUAUCCGUAGAGCCAAGCCCCAUGAACGAUGUGGCAGACUACCCUCCCCCUCCCCUCAGUGAUCACGAGAUCCACACGCCUGGAUCCACCGUCAGCGGACACUCGUACUUACACACUCCUCACACUCCAUCAGAGAGGAGUUACACCCCCUCCUCGGAGGCGCGAUCGUUGGGCGCCCGGCCUGCUCACCCCCUGAAAAGCUUCAGUGUGCCCGGCCCCCCUCCCCCACCUCCUUACAACAGCCUUCCCACAACACCUCAGUCCUCACACCUCUCCGAACCCAAACCAGGGCCGUCCAGUACCCUGUCUACACCACUGAGCACGCCCAGUAAACCCCAGACCCCGGCAGACAUGUACCCUGAUCCUCAGACGUUACAACCACCACCACUGCCCGAGGCACCACCUGGGUCCGAGCACUCCUAUGAGGAUGAUGAUUUGACCACGGAGAUGGCAAACUUGGAGGGCCUAAUGAGGGACCUGAACGCCAUCACGCAGUCAGAGCUGAACUGUUAGCAGUUGCCAUGGAAACAUCGCCUCGCGUGAUCACCAUAGCAACAGUUGCCGGGCAACGAAGGCUUCCAUCCCUCGAGUUACCGGACAUCUUAGCAGCACUAGUGUAGUCAUAGCAACAAACAAGGUGUCAGUGUAACUUGUUUUGUACCUGUUGCCAUGGCAACAAAAGAGAUUUCCUGGGAGGAUCACAGAGGGGUUUCAGCAAUACUUAAAAAUGAUAUUUGUAGGUUACCUGAUGGAAACCUGUUUUGUAUGUGAGGGGAAUCAGCGGGGCUACAUGAAGGGUUUGAGGAAGAUUUCGAUGGAUAAUUUAUGGGAACCCCCUUCCUACCCUUUUGUAAGAACUUGUAUAUAGCAACCUGGAAAUGGGAAAUAUGAUUUUCUUAAAUAACCACAAAAUAAGCAAAAAACUGGUAUUUUUAGAAUAUAGCGUUUUGCUGUAGAUUUGCUUAAUUUUUUUAUCAUACAUGUAUUUUGUAAGAAAUUUAGAAAAAAGUAAGUCAUUACAUAACAGGUAUUUGUUUGUUUUUAAAGUAGCCAUGUAUAUGUACUGCCACAUUUAAAAAUUCUUCAUGUUUAAGUUGUGUUAAAUUCACUAUUGUCACCAUGACAUUUCAUAAAAAACAACAUAACAUCAGUUUUUGUAAAAUAAUCAAUGUAUGCAUAGCAAUGUAGGAGGAGAUGAUCAGUUAAUUGUGGAAUUGAUGCUGUCAUUCCCACCCCCCUCUAAGGGACAAUCAUAACAAGCCUUGUUAACCAAUGAACAAGGCACAUUCCCUUUUGGGGAACUCUCAUCUCUUACACUGUAUGUUAUUGGUCAGUAUUUGCACAAGAACACCACAUUCAAUGCACAUGUCUAGUUGUAGAAUAGUGUUCUUGUAGCCUAGUGUUAUGUUUUUAGUUUUAACUCACAGUAUUUCAACCUCAAAUGCACAUACUUGUAAAACAAGCCCCUACUCUCCUAGAAAGUAGUUGUCUUGAAGUGUGUAAGUCUACAUAUUUUAGUAGGAUAUGGAGAGGAAUUUUUUGGCAAUGCCUCGGGGGCAGAGGCGUUUUAUGAUGUGUUCCUGAGCCCAAUGCGUCAGACCUCUGUACAAUAGUAAGCGUUGGGCUAAAUGCUUGGUCUCUGCAUAUUGUAAAGGCAGCAGUGCUGUAUACUAUAGCUAUGUCUGUCACAACUAGCAAAGUUGAGAAAGCCAGUUGGGGCUUUUGUAAAAUUACCACAAGUGGUAGAAAACCCUCUUAAUGAAGACAAUAUGCUCCUUUCUUAUGUCUUUUAUACACUUUUAAAUUAGACAGAGAUUUUGUUCACUUA